AAAGCGUAGAUACGGGUCCCAAACUCCCAAUUAACUCCCUCUUUCUCGUCCAUCCAUUCGUUCUGUUUCUCGUUCUGCCAUUCAGGGUGGGGGGACUUGUGAACUGGAAUUUCAGCUUCAGCAGUUCUGCUCAUGGCGUGCAGACUUGCAGACUCGGGAUUCUAUUUCACAGGCCCCCACCAAGGGAGAGUUCGUAGAAGUAGAAUUGCCUCGCAAUGUUUUCAUGGUAUAUGCCAUGUGAAGUGGGGAAUCCUUCCUAAAGGAGGAAGGAGACAUCAAUUUUUAUCUCACCACAGAGGCACUAGAAUUGUACAGGCUGUGGCAGUUCCAGUUCAGCCACCUACAGUAGACAGUGCAGAGCAAAGAAAGCAUCUAGCUAAAAGUUAUGGCUUUACCCAAAUUGGAGAACCACUGCCUGAAAAUGUUACAUUGAAGGAUAUCAUUGACACCCUUCCUAAGAAGGUAUUUGAGAUUGAUGAUGUGAAGGCUUGGAAGUCAGUUUUAAUUUCUGUUACUUCUUACGCAUUGGGAAUUUUCAUGAUCUCCAAAGCUCCAUGGUAUCUGCUUCCUUUGGCUUGGGCUUGGACUGGAACUGCCGUUACUGGAUUCUUUGUAAUAGGCCAUGAUUGUGCUCACAAAUCAUUUUCAAGGAACAAACUAGUGGAGGACAUUGUUGGAACAUUGGCCUUUUUGCCCCUUAUAUACCCAUAUGAGCCAUGGCGUUUUAAACAUGAUAGGCAUCAUGCAAAAACAAAUAUGUUGUCUGAGGAUACAGCCUGGCACCCUGUUUGGAGAGAAGAGUUUGAUUCAUCACCAGCUUUGCGCAAGGCAAUCAUAUUUGGAUAUGGACCAUUCAGGCCUUGGAUGUCUAUAGCUCACUGGUUGAUCUGGCACUUCGAUUUGAGAAAGUUCAGACCAAGUGAAGUUAAAAGGGUGAAGAUAAGCUUGGCUUGUGUCUUUGCAUUUAUUACAAUUGGAUGGCCCUUGAUAAUCUAUAAGACGGGGGUGAUGGGAUGGAUCAAGUUCUGGUUGAUGCCAUGGCUAGGGUAUCAUUUCUGGAUGAGUACUUUCACAAUGGUCCAUCAUACAGCUCCCCACAUACCAUUUAAAUCUUCUGAUGAGUGGAAUGCUGCUCAAUCUCAGCUUAACGGGACAGUUCAUUGCAACUAUCCUCACUGGAUUGAGAUACUCUGCCAUGAUAUUAAUGUGCACAUCCCCCACCAUGUAUCUCCAAGGAUACCAAGCUACAACUUGCGUGCAGCUCACCGAUCCAUACAGGAGAACUGGGGCAAGUAUUUGAAUGAAGCAACAUGGAAUUGGCGGUUAAUGAAGACGAUAAUGACAAUGUGCCAUGUAUACAGUAAGGAGGAAAAUUAUGUUGCAUUUGAUGAAAUUUCUCCUGAGGAGUCUCAACCGAUUACAUUCCUCAGAAAAGUGAUGCCUGAUUAUGCCUAACCUUAUUGCAUGCCUCAUGGGGUUCAUUAUUUUUUCUUCCUUUUUAUUACCAAUUUAUUUUCAGUCAAAUUACUUGUUUCCUCUCAUAUUUGAACAAUUGUUCUAUUUUGGAAAUAAAAAUAAUUAGGUAGAACGUAGCUAUAAUCAUCCUGAAAAUACAUUGCUUACCUCUGGUGGUUAAGACUUGAGUACGUACCCAUCAUGUAAGCAGGCCAACUGCCAUCAACUAGUCUGUAAUCUGUCUGUGUCCAACAACCAGUUUUUUCCAUUUCUUUGUGAUGCAACCAAGAUGGAUAAAAGGAUAAGGACUCACUCAAUUGAUGGACUAAAGUGCAAUUUCAGGUCUCAUUUGCAGCGAUCA